GAAUGUUUGGUCUUGUGACCUUGUUUGAAAAUUACUUGGAAUCGUGUGUGAAUAUUGGUUUCAGCCCAAGUGUGACGGCGCGGAUCAUCUAAAUGUAACCCGCUUCAGGAUUUGUAACGGUGAAUGCCCUUCGAACCAUGUUCCGGGACACUUUUGGUGUUUCCUCGACAUUCCGGUCGCUGAGGUUACGGAGAGAGUUGCAUGAUUUGGAGGAACGAAGACGAGGUUUGUACAGACAUAGACACACAACCGUUGCCAGCCAACGUCCAGUUGGGGAAACAAGACCACGGCCGAAGGUCAGCACCGAUCCGUCUGUUCACGAGGCCCUGUUGAGCGGGGAUUUGGACAAGAUCGGGGACAUCUUCCUGAGCAAAGAUUCGGUCAACACGAUCGUUGCGACAAUCAGCCAUGAACUGAGCUGGUCAGCAGAACUAGGUCUUUGGUCACUUACCUCCAAACAGAAACGAACAACGCCGCUCUAUAUCACUGCACAGCGAGGGCACACAGAGUGUCUGAAGCACUUACUGGGACAUGGCGCUGAUGUUAAUGCAGAGCCUGGAGGAGCAACGGCUUUGCAUGCUGCCUGUGCCAAUGGGCACACUGAAUGUGCCAAACUUCUGCUCAGAAUUGGAGCUGAUCCCAAUGCAAUCUCUGAUGAAGGGUAUGCUCCUCUGCACCUGUGCACCAGCCCACAGACCAUUUUGUGUGCUAAGCUCUUGCUGGAACAUAAUGCCAGAGUGAACAUGCAGACCCGGGAUAGACAGAUCACUCCACUUCAUGUUGCUGCAAAGCAUGGUUUGGACGAGCACGUGGACCUUUACCUGAGCUACUGUGCCUACUGCCACAAGCAGAACCGCGAAGGAGAGACUGCACUCAAUGCUGCCUGCUCUUAUGUGGAGAAACGAGAGGCUUUUGGUAGAUAUUACAAAGUCUGCAAGAUGCUGAUCAGUAGUGGAGCUGACGUGAAAACUGCUGGGAAAAAGAAGCACACGCCGCUCCACAAUGCCUGUGGGAAUGGUCACCCUGGGAUUGUGGAUUUAUUACUGAUGCACGGUGCUUCUGUCAAUGCUGAGAACUGUGCUGGCUACACACCAAUGGACUGCAUCUUACUGGCGGUUGAAGAUCACUUGGACUAUCACCCGGAGCAAAUUGUCUUAAUACUCCUGAACCACGGAGCAGCUCCAGUUAAUCCCAAGAUACUCAAGCAAUGCGCAAUGUCUCCCCAGACAAUGGAAGUUGUGUUAAAUACCUACGAGUGCAUCCCAUUCUGCGACUCUUGGUUAGAAGCGGUGCCCCCAGAAGUGUGGCAAGAACACGAGGCUUUCUACGAAUCCAUUGUACAAAUGACCAACAAACCACGUUCUCUUCAACAUCUUGCACGCUGUGCUUUAAGGAAGUAUCUUGGAACUCAAUGCCAUUCGGUCAUACCACAGUUACCACUUCCAAGUAGUUUCAAGGAGUUUUUACUGUUGAAAUGUGAAGGUGGUUUCAAAUGAAAAGAUAAUAAUAAAAGUUGAAAUUUCUGGAAAGGCACAGAUUUUUGCAUCACCAUAUUUUAUUACAUGGUUUCGCCCACUGGAUUAGAAACAAAAAUGCUAUGAAGUGACUUAUCCAGGAUGAGUUUGGUGCUUCCUAUCUUUUUUUUUGCCUGCUAAUUUGCACUCCUUGCAAUCUCCUUUAUUUGGUACAAUUAAAUGAACAAAGCCAAAGGGAUUACCCUAAAAUUGCAGGAAAUCGUAUUAAAUAAUGUUGUUGUUUGCUAUUACGUAUUUGAAACUUGUGUUUUCAAUGAAUAUGUGUUUUAUUUAAGUUAUUGGUACACUAGAUGGAUCUUGCAGAUUUUAUUUUCCAUACUGUAGUUUAAUAAUUUAACCUGAACUUCAGUUCCUGCUGCCUCACAGUUCCAAGAACCUGGGUUUUCUAGUGCUGUCUAAUUGGAGUUUGCAUGUUCUCUCCCUGACUGCUUGGGUUUUCACGGAGUUCUUUGUUUUUCUUGCUCAUUACAAAAAUGUGUUUGAAGGUUAAUAACAAUUGUAAAUUACCCCUUACUGUACAACAGUGAAAUAAUAUUUUUGGAAUCGCUAAUGAACACAGCCACAAAUUACUUUUUAAUGCUAUUUGCCAAAAUUGUUUUGGCUCAUCACCACUACUGUUACCCUGUUCAAAUGAGAGUACUAAAAUGCCUAUGAAAGUGUUAUAACAAUAAAAUAAAAAAUAUUUUCAGACCUUUU